CGGCAUUAAUGUUAGUUUGGGCUUGGGUGAGGGUUUGCAAGGGGCGUUCUCGGCAGAAAACUCCCGCCAGGGAGAGGCAGGGUAGUACAAACGGAAUCCUCUCUCAAUUGCUGGACGGAGGAUCGGGAAAAGCAUUGAGUAGUGGAAUAUUCAUUUUGGAGAGAGAGCAGGAAUCGAGGGAUGGGGAGGGGCGGGGUGCGAAUAGGUUUGGCUGACCGCCGCCUGAUUCUUCUUUCUCCUGUUCCAGAGGAAAAGGAGUCGGGUGGCUGUGCCCAUAAAAGGAUGUGGAUCUCUGCAGCGGGGAAGGAAGCGCAGGGGUGAAUGGGGGAUCCCGUUUAGGCGCUUAAGGAUGAAAGCAAGAGACUGAGUCUCAAAAGUUAUUAAACGCCUCUUUACCUUUUGCACCCAGGGGUGCAACGAGGCGGGGGUGGGGUCGGGAGGUGAAACGUCCUAGAAGUAGCUCCAAACGAAGCCUCCAGUUAAGCGCAACGCAAUGCGGAGAACCACUAAAGGGACUCCCCGCAUUUCCUCCUUAUCGCCUUGUAUGGUUUGGAGAGGACCGUUUGCAGCCCAGCGGCUGGUUCUUUGCUGACACCUCGCGUCGUUUAAUGGGAAAAGCCGCAGCAGCCUUUAUUUUAGAGCUUCUGGAUAAAUGCCCACGAGUCCCGGGUGAUUCUGCUGGCAAAAGCGAAGGGGCGAUUCAUUGGAAGAAAGCCCCGAAUUGGGAUGGGUGGCGCAGGGCAUUUUCGCCGUCUAUCCUCGGAUAGUAGAGCCAGCGCCCCCGGACUAGAAGGAGUGCACCAAACUCUCUCUCUCUCGCUUGUGAAGUUUCAUCACGGUGAGAAGAAUGGGUUCGGUUUCAGAGAUGCUCACAGCAGUCCCCCUUCACAAGAGGCCUGAUCUCCUGGAGGCCUGUGCUGACCUCAUCAACGAAGAGUGGAAACGGAGCCGGACCUCCCGUAUCCACUCCCUGCAAAAAUCUAGUGACAACUUUCCCAUGUGCCUGGUACUGAUCAGAACUUUGAGGGUAACGGAGGAAACUGCAGAAGGGAAAACGUCCAAUACCCAGUGCCAACUUCUGGGACAUGCCAGGUUAUCCCGUGUGAUUGGCCAAUCUAACAGUUUAUUUGUGGAGACCGUGGUGGUUGCCAAGGCCCUCCGUGGAAAGGGCUACGGCAGGAAGCUGAUGGAAGCUGUUGAGAACUUUGCCAAAGCCCACCGCUACCAGCACCUGUAUCUCACCACACACGACAAACAGCAUUUUUAUGCCCACCUGGGCUAUAGCUUGUCCAAGCCCGUCCAGUGGGCUGGAUUCAUCAGUUCUCUGGUACCUAUGGAAUUUUUGGAGAACUUCUCUACCCCUCAACGUAACACGGAGCUUACUGCACAGUCUGGGAAGCAUAAUACAAAUGCAUCUUACCAAAGCAGAUCUGGAGCAAACCUCCCUCCUUCACCGCAUGCUGCACCUCUUUCUUCUUCCCCUUUUUGCUCAGUAGCCCCACCUUCAUUGCCUUCUCCUUGUUCUUAUCAUUCAGGGACAGCUACCAUUUCUCCCCAUCUUCCAUUGCCAGGUCCCCACCCAUCCUCUGCCCAGUCCAGGAAUGCUCUGGUUCACUCUUCACCAUUCGCCUCUGCUGCCCCAGCUCCUCUACCCUCUCCUCCUCCUCCUCCCCCCCUCCCACUUCCAGUGCCUCCACCAAGAGCCUUUUUAGUAGUCCAGCCAAAUUCUGGGAAACCCUCCUCUUCCAGGGUUUUGGAGAAUACAUUUGAAGAACAGACGCUUUUUGAAACACCUUAUCGGGAUCUGAAAGGGAAACCCAUAUUCUGGAUGAAGAAAGAUAUCUGAUUUUUCCCUUCUGUUGUGUGACUGUGCAAUAAAGAUGAAAUAAGUGAAUAAGAAGGAAAAAGGAAAGUCUUUCUUGUUUUAAAAGGAAAGCCUGGCUUUGUGAGACAAAAGAUCGCCAUUUAAAACGAAUAAAACAAUGUAUUUGGUU